AUGGAAUCCCUCUCAGACACUGAUUGGGAUGUAGUUAUCAGCGGCACGGGACUGCAGCAGUCUCUCUUUGCCCUGGCUCUCUCGCGAUCAGGCAAGAACAUCCUCCACGUCGACCCCGAAAGCUACUACGGAGAACACGAAGCUGCUUUUAGCCUCCAGGAAGCCGACGCCUGGGCCCAGAAGCAUGCAUCGCCCGACGCGCCGGGAAUCUUUCGCGCCGCCAAGGUGACCACGGCGGACGGCCCACCGUCGCCGCGUGGCUACAGCUUGGCCCUCGCGCCGCAGCUCAUCCACGCCCGGUCCGAGCUCCUCAACAAGCUCGUCUCCUCCAAGGCCUUUCGGCAGAUUGAGUUUCAGGCCGUCGGGUCGUUCUUCAUCUUCCAGGCCGAAACAGAAGACGCGACCACGCCCACACUCGCUCGCAUUCCGUCCACGAGAGAAGAUGUCUUCUUGAGUACGGCAAUACCGGUCCGAGCCAAGCGGUCGCUGAUGAAGUUUCUCAAGUUUGUGUUCGACUUCGAGUCUGAGUCGCAGGCUGAGGUUUGGAAGCCCCACGCUGACAAGCCGCUCGCCGAGUUUCUAAGCUCCGAAUUCAAGCUUGAUACUAUGCUACAGUCUUACAUCAUCACCCUGACCCUCAGCCUGGAUGGAAACAUCUCGGUCGAGAAUGGGCUGGCCGUUAUCAGCCGCCACUUGGGCUCCAUGGGCGUUUUCGGUGCUGGCUUCGCGGCCGUCUACCCGAAAUGGGGCGGCUUGUCCGAGGUAUGCCAGGUUGGGUGUCGUGCUGCUGCCGUCGGCGGCGCUGUGUACAUGCUCGGCACCGGCAUCACACAAGUGGCGAAGCGCUCGGACGAGGCGGUCAAGCUGGACAUUUCUCUUUCCAACGACAUGGUGGUAAGAGCCAAGACACUGUUCCGUGGCUCAGAAACCAGCCCUGCAGAUGGAGUGAGUCUGGCGCGAACCACGGCUGUGAUUGGUACUGCUCUACCGAACUUGUUUGAAACGGUGGUGGAGGGGUCUCCAACCCCUUCUGCCAUCGUCGUGGCAUUCCCAGCCGGCUUGGUGGCUGGUGGCAACGGGCAUAUGUCACAGUAUCCCAUAUACGCCAUGGUACACUCGAGCGACACGGGGGAAUGUCCCGUUGGUCAAUGCAUUGUCUACUUGAGCACCAUUUCGACACCAUCGUCCAGGGCUCUCUUGGACACGGCACUAUCGUCUCUUCUGCAAGCGGCCUCCGGGAACCUAGAACCUCCCGAAGUUGUUUUUAGGCUCCAGUACGAGCAAAGAGGCGCGAGAUUGCCCUCUUUGAACGCCGACGAUAGCAUUGUAACGUUUGGCGCCCCUGUACUGGACUUGGCGUUUCGCGACGACAUGCUGCAGCCUGUGCGGCAGGCCUGGGAAAAUUUUACUGGCCAGACUGGUGAGCAAGCCGACGCCGAGUACCUUGUAUUUGAGGACCGCGAAGUUGUAGAUGAUGACGACGUAUUUGACGCUUAG